UUCUCCAUAAGCCCAGUUUUGCAGUGUGGUGUUUGUGCCUCUCCAUCUCCAAGUAGGGGGAAGCAGAGUCAGGGUCACCCCUGCACCCACACGAGGCAUUUUGGGCAGCGUGAGAGAAAGUGGCUCAGACAACCAUUUGUUCCAGCUCCAUCUCUCUAAAUAUGCUUCCCAUUACCCCUAAUCUUGUUACUUUAAUUACCAGAGCCAUUAGGGCUCUGCAGUCAAAGGAAACAAAAAAAAUCUAUGCAAUUAUCAGCCCUCAAAUUGAGUUAAAAUCUUGUAAUAAAUUACAGCAAAGGCCACUUUCUCCAGUGACUCUCAGAGGCACAUUUAACUCCCUGCUUCAGGGCAGAAACUCAAUUAAAAACAAAAACUUAUUUCGUUUUCAUUGCUGGGCUAAUGAAACCUCUGUCGCUUGCAGCAUCUCUCUGUGUGUCCAGUGUCUGGUCUCUGUGAGUGGUUCUUGCUCCCUGCUGAUGUCUAUGUUGCACAUAUGUAUUUAUUCUAUAAAUAUAUGUAUUAUUAUAUGGUAUAUUUAAAUGCAGCAGCUGAUGGUGGCGAACAUGAAAAUGGGUAAAAAUAAUGUAUUUCUCUCUGUCAAUCCACUUAACAAGGGGCAGGUUUGAUGCAAAGCUGUGGCCAUCACUGCUGCUCCACCCUCCUGCUUUCACCAGGGUGGUUUGAGGAGUAUAAAACACACCAGGAUUGGCACAGUCAGGGUGUUCCCAUGGCCCUGCUUGGUGGGAGAUGAGGAAACAAGCAGGAAGGUGACCACUCACCAACAGUGAUGUUCUGAAACUUCUCCAAUAAACCACUUUGACUGAGGUUUCUUCUGUCAAGGUGUCAGAAACUUCUGUCAAAAACCUUUCUGUCAAAAAACUUUUCUGUCAAAACCUUCUCCCACAAACACCUUUGACAGAGGCCAUUUCUGCUCUUGCACGGGUUGAGGAUCCUGAUGCAUCCAAAGAGCACAUGAGUUAAUCAGAUUUCCUGGAAAACAUGCAGAUUCCUACAACAAGGUCUCAGCAUGUGCUCAGACAGGGUGGAGACCAUUUAUCCACUGCUGUCAUCCUUGACCAACGCCAGGAAAGGCAAAAACAAAACCAGGGAGGAUAUAUUUCCUGCCCACUUGCUCUUACACGAGUGAAAGAGGUUCCUAAAAGCCUCAUUUGAGCAUUCAGCAGGAUGGAAACAGGGGAAGAAACUCCUCUGCCUGGAAUUGCCUGGAACAGGUAUUUAAGCAAUUUUAGGCAUGGGACCACGGCAGACAGUUCUCCUUACAAUUAAACAAAGACCAAAGAGUGUAGGACACAAAAUAGUUACCAAAAAGUGGCAGAAAUUUAAGCCUAUGAACUUCCACUACCUGAAGAGACCCUACAAGAAAGACCAAGAGAGACUUUUUACAAGAGCACAGAGUGACAGGACAAAGGGGAAUGGAUUCAAACUAAAAGAGGGCAGCCACUUGUCAAAUGCAACCUCAGCAGUGACAACAACAACCACAGCCCCCUGGCUGGAUGGUGCCAACUCCAGUGAGUACCCGUACGAGUACCUGGACGAGGAGGAUUACGGGCAGUACGGGCUCUGCACCAAGGAGGAGGUGCUCUCCUUCAGCAAAGUGUUCCUGCCUUCAUUUUACACCGUGGUCUUCCUGCUCGGGAUGGCCGGGAAUGCCCUCCUGUUCAUUGUCCUCAUUAUGUACAUCAGGAAGAGGAAGAAGAUGACUGAGGUGUAUCUGCUGAACCUGGUGGUUUCAGACUUCUUCCUGCUGCUGACCCUUCCUUUCUGGGCUCUGUACGUUUCUCAGGGGGUCACCUGGCAUGUUUUGUGCCCGGUCUUAAAUGCCAUGUACACUCUGAACUUCUACAGUGGCAUCUUUUUUGUGAGCUGCAUGAGUCUGGACAUGUAUCUGCAGAUAGUUUAUGCUUGCUCUGCUCCCAGCUCCACGUUAUGGAGGAAGUCCAUCCUUGGCUUGUUGGUGGUGUGGAUCCUUUCCAUACUUCUCUCCAUUCCUGAUGGCCUCUUCACCAGCACAAGGCAAAUCCACAAUGAAACCACCAUGUGCACCCAGGAUUAUGGCCAGGACCACUUAUUUUGGAAAGUUGCCUUUCGGGUCACUCAAAACAUCCUGGGCUUCCUUUUGCCCUUCCUCUUCAUGGUGUUCUGCUACUCCCGCAUCGCCUGUGUCCUCAGCACGUCACAGCUGCCUGGCUCCAGGAGAGCUCUCUGCUUGGUCUUCACUCUGGUGGGUGUCUUCUUUGUCCUGUGGUCUCCCUACAACAUUGUCCUCAUCCUCCACUCCCUGCAGGAUGUCGGUGUGAUCAGGAGCUGUGAAAGCAGCAGGAAGCUGGACUAUGCCAUGCAGGUCACGGAGAGCUUGUCCUUUGUCCACUGCUGUCUCAACCCCUUGCUCUAUGCUUUUGUGAAGAAACGAUUCAGGUCCUACUUGUGGAAGAUCCCUCAGGCCAUUUUCAGGAGAAGUGGUUUCUUUCACAUCCAGCCCUCAGAGACAAGCCCGUCUUGCAGCAGAUACGUGGCUGAGAUAGAAAUGUUGAGUAUCACAGCUAUAUCAUAAAUAUUUACAUUAUUUACACUGUGUGUGUGCCCUCUCUGCUGCAUUUGGUCCUGGCCAUGGGAUGG